GUGGGUGGAGCCAUGACAGGAGCCCUGACGCCUGGAUCCUUUUCCAGCGCUGGAAGGGGAAUUGCAUCGUCCCAGGAAAAUGUCUCCCAGAAGGGCCCUGAUGGGGGCGCUGCUCUGCGUCCUGCUACAAACAACCACUGGCCUAGAGUGCUACAGCUUCGAAGGGACCUUGUAUGGGGAGGCAGAGCUGAGAGACGUGGGCUCAGUCCCCUGUCAGCCAGAGGAGACUGUCUGCAUCCAGGGGACAGUGGCCCUGCAAGUCACGGGCGGGCGGCCAGCCUGGCUGGUAUGGCUCGGCUGUACCACGGGGAGUGGGUUGUGGAUCCAGGGGUCCCAGGUACAAGGGGCCCUUCGUAUCUUCACUGACGUCCAGUUCUGUCGGUCCCGGCUCUGCAACCAGCACUACCUCAACCGCAGCCUUAGCAUCUCUGCAGACCCUCCAGCCAAUGUCUCGGGGACACUGCAGUGCUACAGCUGCAUCGGGCCAGCCUCUGAGAGCUGCUCCCUGGGCAGGGCUGAGGUCACCAUGUGCGGACUCCAUGACACCCACUGCUCCUCUGGGACGGUCACCACUGCCAUCAGGUCCUACUCCCAGUCCUUCUCCAUCAGCAGCUGCCAGGCCCUGAGCUGUGGUCACCGCCUUGAGCUGAGUGACAGCCAUGUCACCAUGACAGUCACCGUGGAUUGUGGCCACAGCCUGUGCAAUCAUGCCAGGACGGAGCACCCCAUGGGCAACCCUCAGGCCCCAAGCCCCAGCACCAGGACAGAGACCCCCAUGGACAAUCCCCAGGCCCAGAGUACCAAUGCCGCAAUCCUGCCUGUCCCCACCCUGCCCCUUGGUGCCCUCCUGGCACUGCUGGGGGUCCUGGGUCUGUAGAGGUGAGAGGGGCAGCCCCCUGACAUCAUUGGUGUGUGCCUCUUUCUGGUAUCCACAGCUGGGGCUCUUGAAUUCUGGGUAGAGCAGGGCCAGCUGAAAGCCCAGACACCUGGAUUCUCUUCCUGUUGUGGGAGGGGAGCGGGGUCUUGGGCGUGAGAGCAGGGGGUGCUGGGAGCCUGGACUCCUGGGAUCUAUUCCUGCAGGGUUGGUUCUAUUAACCCUUCUUCUCUCUUGGUCUUUCCUGAUAUUGCCAUUAAAGUCCUUU